AUGGGUAUCAAGGGAAUCCGAACUGCUUUGAAAGUAGACCUCGACAAGCCUGCUCGUGAACAGCCGGGCCUACAUAACAGAUGGCACCCAGAAGUACCGGCCGCCGGGAAGAUCGCCAACAACGAAGUCGUCAAGAUCGAAUGUCUUGAUUGGACAGGAGGUCAAAUCGGAAACAAUGAUUUUGCAGACGAUCUCAAGAAUGUAGAUCUAACUCAGAUUCACUACCUCUCUGGUCCAUUCGAUAUUGAGACUGCAGAGCCCGGUGAUGUCCUGCUCGUCGAGAUACAGGAUGUGCAGCCUUUUGAGGAUCAACCGUGGGGAUACUCAGGUGUAUUCCACAAAGAGAAUGGUGGCGGUUUCCUGGACAGAUUUUACCCUGAAGCUGCCAAAGCAAUUUGGGACUUUGAAGGGAUCUUUUGCUCGUCUCGCCACAUCCCACACGUUCGCUUCGCGGGUUUGAUUCACCCAGGAAUUUUGGGCUGCGCUCCAUCAGCAGAGAUCCUGGCUGAAUGGAACCAUCGCGAAGGCGAACUCAUUGCAGCUAAUACAAUUUCCGAUCAAAUCGUCGCUCAGCCACCCAAUCCCACGAAUGCUCAUGGCGGAAAUGCCGCAGGUGAUGUACAAAGCAGAAUUGCCAAGGAGGGCGCGCGGACUAUCCCAGGACGUCCGGAGAAUGGUGGCAACUGCGACAUCAAGAACCUCUCGCGUGGAUCCAAGAUCUACCUUCCUGUCCACGUCCCGGGGGCAAAGUUCUCUGUCGGGGACUUGCACUUCUCUCAGGGUGACGGAGAGGUCUCUUUCUGUGGUGGCAUCGAAAUGUCCGGCGUGAUCACACUCAAAUUCACCGUCAUCAAGAACGGCAUGGCCAAACUUGACAUGAAAUCCCCAAUAUUCCAUGCAGGUCCUGUGGAACCUCAAUUCGGCUCUGGGAGAUACCUGACCUUUGAGGGAUUCUCGGUGGACGAGAAUGGUAAACAACACUUCUUGGAUACAACUGUUGCCUAUAGACAGGCUUGUCUGCGUGUGAUUGAGUACCUUCGGCGUUAUGGAUAUAGCGAUUAUCAGAUCUACAUCCUGCUCAGUUGCGCUCCAGUGCAAGGGCAUAUUGCGGGAAUUGUGGACAUUCCAAACACAUGUACCACCCUUUCGGUGCCGAUGGACAUUUUCGAUUUCGACAUUCGUCCUGAGGCUGAUGUUUUCAAGAAAGAGAUGACCAACUGCGCUUUCGCGAGCAAGUGA